AUAUCAUGUACUCCUUCCACCCAAUACUGCCUCUGCUCAUUUCUCAUUCAGCAGCGUUCAGUUUGUCGCUAGGUUUUUGGUUGGGCCCCCCGCACGUAAGAACGCAGUCCACAUUUUUAUCGCAACAGUCGCUAGCCGUCUGGCAACUCUCGCCUUCAGGACUACAGCCUGGGACUAGCCUUGCUGUAACAGACAUUAUAGAUGCUGUCAACGCAAUAAUAAUGGCGGGGAAGACGAAACGCAUUGUCUGUUUAGGGUGGUAUGAUCUGCUGAGGUACUCGAAUGAUCUCUUUAACCUAUCCCUUCUGGUCAUUUCGUGGGUGUAGCAAUUCCGGCGGCCACGAAGUUCUGCCUUUGUCAUGAUUCACCAGUGACACGGUUGUGAUGAGGCAAAGAUGCCACGUCAAAGUUAUUAGCAGAGUACCCAACUGGCCUACAAUAUUAAUUCCUGAUAAUAUCGCCUACUCUUCCUGUCUCCGCGUGGUUUGAUGCAGCCUUGGCAUAUCAUGGAGUGAAAAUGACGUGGCAUAGCCAAAGCUUUAUGCAGUUUUGCUGAGGUAUGAGAGGGAAUGGAUACGACAUGAAUGAGGCUCGAUACAGCGGGGACAAGGUUUGACACGCGAAUAAUGGUGAACCGUACGUGAUAGUAUCCAAGCGUCUCAGGCUGGUUGGCCAAUGUUCCCUGGAUCACCGUUAGUGCUACUCGAGGCAAAUACAGAACGC